AUGUUGUUAUUGGACGGCGCAAUGCAGAGUGCAAGUGGAUUGGAUGUUUCCAUCCCCACCAAAUUUAUUAAUAUCGACAUUUUACAAUUCGCUCAAGCGAACGUCUCUACUGGGAUUCUCUUUCCGUUUGGACGUUGAAGAGAUCUGUGGUCACUUCUUUGUCCUUUAGCAAAGGAAUAAUCGACAUUAAUACCAAGAGAAAUAUACUUCUAUCUACAGCAAUAAAGAUGUCAUACAAUAGACAAAACGGAAGCAGCUAUAGGAGCCGGGAUGAUAGUUAUACAAGCGUGAGAGAUAAGGGGGGUUAUGGACAAAGAAAUGGCUAUGACGGUGGUGGUUACAGAAACAGUCGAGCUAGUUUUAACAAUCGUUUAAAGACUGUCGAAUGGAGUAGCAAACAGCUGCGGCCGUUCAAAAAGGAUUUCUAUGUGCCCCAUCAGUCGAUAUCCAACCGAUCUACUUAUGAAGUAGAUCAAUUUCGUGGGGCAAAAGAAAUAACCGUUGAGGGUAAUGCGCCAAAGCCUAUACAAAGUUUCCACGAGGCCAAUUUUCCGGACUAUGUCAUGGACGAAAUUGUUGCACAAGGUUACGAAUUUCCUACUGCUAUUCAGGCACAAGGAUGGCCUAUUGCCAUGAGUGGACAUGACAUGGUUGGGGUUGCACAUACUGGCUCGGGCAAAACUUUGGCUUAUAUGUUGCCUGCCAUCGUUCACAUUAACCAUCAGCCGGAGGUGCAACGUGGCGACGGCCCAAUCGUGCUUGUCUUAGCUCCUACUAGAGAACUGGCUCAGCAGAUCCAGCAAGUGGCUAAUGAUUUUGGACGUAGCUCGAAGAUUAGAAAUUCCUGCGUAUUCGGUGGCGCCCCCAAAGGACCACAGGCUCGAGAUUUAGAAAGGGGCGUCGAAAUUUGCAUCGCUACUCCCGGUAGGCUGAUAGACUUUUUGGAAAAGGGUACAACCAACUUGGAGCGGUGUACUUACUUGGUGCUGGACGAGGCCGAUCGUAUGUUGGACAUGGGUUUUGAACCUCAAAUUAGAAAAAUUAUUGGACAAAUCAGACCUGAUAAACAAACGCUGAUGUGGUCUGCCACUUGGCCUAAAGAGGUCAAAAAAUUGGCACAAGAUUUUAUGAGCAAUCCGAUUCAGCUUAACGUUGGCUCACUUCAGUUGUCCGCGAACCACAACAUUCUGCAAAUUGUCGACGUGUGCCAGGAACAUGAAAAGGAAACUAAGUUAAACCACUUGUUGCAAGAGAUCGGCACAAAUGGAGAACCGGACGCGAAAAUAAUUAUCUUUGUUGAAACGAAAAAGAAGGUUGAGGGCAUUACCAGGACCAUAAGAAGACUUGGUUGGCCCGCAGUUUGCAUGCACGGCGACAAGAGCCAGCAGGAACGGGACUAUGUCCUGCGCGAAUUCAGGAACGGAAAGUCUACCAUUUUGGUCGCUACCGAUGUGGCUGCUCGCGGAUUAGAUGUGGACGGUAUAAAAUAUGUAGUAAACUACGACUAUCCCAACUCCUCCGAGGAUUAUAUCCAUAGAAUAGGCCGGACCGGUCGAUCUGAUAGUACCGGCACUUCCUACGCAUUCUUCACUCCCUCCAACAUUAGGCAGGCAAAAGAUUUGGUUUCUGUACUCAAGGAGGCAAACCAGGUCAUUAACCCAAAAUUAUCCGAAAUGGCAAGCAAGUCGAAUGCUUAUGGAAGCAGUUUCCAAAGAUCUGGCCGUUGGGGUAAUGGAGGUGGCUCAUAUAGAGGCAGAGAAAACAGUGGACCAAAGCAUAGCAGAUGGGGGGGCAGUUCUGGCGGAUACAAGGCCAGCAAUGGAUAUGGAAAGAGCUACUGAAAGGCAUUCGAGUAUGGACAUUUCAUUCAAUAUCAGUAUUUUCCUUCACAUAUUCCACACUAGGACAAUUGAAUUUUUCUAAUUUAAAUAGAAUUUUAUUUAAAAAGCCUUUGUUGUAUUUAUUAAUUUGACAAUCUCUCUGUCAUGAUUGUAAAUCUGUUUAUAACUGUGAUAGAAGUAGAUUUCUAUGUGAUUUUGACAUUGUAAGAAUAAAAGAUUUUUUUUAAUUU